AUGGAUCGCGAGGCUGCUAUUAACCGGCCGUUGCGCGCCAAUUACAGGCUCCGGAAGCGGGGCCCGGGCCUGCGGUGCGGUGCGGCCGUGUGGCCGCGAGGAGAGCCACGGAGACUGGCGGCGGGAGCGACCGGGUCAUGGCUGGCACAUAUCGCCGUAAUUCCGCCACCGUCCCUAACAAUAAUUGGGAACAAUUGGCAGCGAUCCGGAGCCCAGCCUGACCCUGGGACCCCGCUUCCGACGGCAAUCCGUCCGCCGUUGGUCGCCACUCGCCGCCGACACUCACACCGCGCCAUCCGCCGCAGCGCGCCGGCAGUGCCUGCGUGGGCUAUGGGAUCUCUUUUGGAAAUAUUUCCACUAUGGAGAUUGGAUUGCUUACUAUUUUUAGUGGCAACAGUAGGGGUGCUCUACGCUUAUAUGAUGUGGAAAUACAGGCACUGGCAACUACAAGAUGUACCUUUUGUGAAACCAGUAUUAUUCUUUGGAAAUAUUGGUGAUUAUAUCACAAGAAAGAAAGCCCUUAGCUCUGUGUAUCAAGAUUUGUACAUGAAGCUGGAAGACCAUCGAUAUGGUGGUUUUUACAAGUGUCAUCAACCGGCAAUUUUAUUGCGAGAUCUGGAGCUAAUAAAGACAGUUCUAGUUAAGGAAUUCCACAAUUUUAGUGACAAUGAAUUCCAAGUGAGUGAAGAAGUUGACCCAGUAGUUGGAAAAAUUCCAUCUGCACAGCAUGAGGAAAGAUGGAAAGUCACAAGAAAUCUUUUAACUCCAGCAAUGACAGUAGCAAAAAUUCGACCAAUAUUCCCUCUGAUGAUGGAGGUUACCAAGGAGGCCUUGGUAUACUUAGAAAAAUUGCCAGAAGCCAGGAGUCAAGAUGGUGUGGAUAUUAAGCAGUUUUCACUUCAGUUUGCAACAGAUAUCAUUGCUUCAAGUGUCUUUGGUCUUAAAGGAAAUGCUUUCAGAGACCCAGAGGCUGAUUUUUGGAAUAUGGCACAAAACAUAGUAGUACCAAAUUUAUGGAAAGACCUGAAGCAUUUUGUAGUUGUUAAAGCACCAAAGCUUGCUGAAAUUCUCGGAUUCAGGAUAGUUGAUGCUGAAGUGUCAGACUUCUUUUAUAGAGCAGUGAAACAUGUUGUUUCCUAUCGGGAUGAGAACAAUUUCAAGAGGAUGGAUUUCAUGCAAAUGAUGAUGCAGAUACAUAAAACAGACUCAGAUGAGAGCACAGGUUACUCCUUAGAAGACAUCGCAGCGCACGGGACGAUGUUCUUCACGGAGGGGUGCGACCCGUGCGCGACUGCGCUGGCCUUCACGCUGUUCGAGCUGGCGCACAACGCGGACGUGCAGGAGCAGCUGCGGGAGGAGGUGGUGGCCGCCGCUGGGGCGGAGCUCACGUACGAGAAGCUGCAGGAGAUGGAGCUGCUAGGCCGCGUCGUCUCCGAGAGCCUGCGCAAGCACCCUCCGGUGCCCGCGCUGACGCGGGUGAGCGCCGCCGGCGCCACGUUGGGCGGCCGGCCGCUGCAGGCGGACACCCCCGUCGUGGUGCCCAUCCUGGCGCUGCACCGCGACCCCGGACUCUACCCGGACCCCGAGCUCUUCGACCCGCGCCGCUUCGCCGAACCCGCCGUCGCCGCCCGCCACAGGUUCGCCUACCUGCCGUUCGGCGAGGGACCGCGCGUCUGUCUGGGGAUGCGGUUCGCGCUCUCGCUGGUGAAAGUUGCGGUGGCGGGUGUGGUCCGCCGGUUCGAGCUGCGGCCAUGCCCACACACAGUGCUGCCGGUGGCGCUCAGCCCCCACCACCACACACUCACUGCUGCCCACGGGCUCCGCAUCACCAUCCUGCCCAGGCACGACACGUGACUACUAUUUGCUGUACUGCAGCACAGUGUCGGCACCUUACAUCACCUCCUGCUUAUGGAUGCAGACGAUACUGCCCAAAGUGAUGGCAGCUUGGUUUGCAGUUGGACUGUGGUGGACAUCUAGAUCGCUACACAGUUAUAACUGCGCCCAGACUGCCUCUCGAUACUCUUCAUAGCCACAGCAAGUGAUUAGAUGCCAUUGUUCCAGUUCAUUGUGGUGACACUCAUCAACGCUUUUGUCUGCUGCUGCACAUGGACUUGAAAAGUUGUCACAACGUAUCUCACCAUGUUAACUAGCUCAUGCUGCGUUAUUCGUGAGUGAUCUGCAACACCGCACAAAGUUGUUUAUUGGCUUCUUAUGCAGUCAUAAAAGUAUAUAUACGUUCCUAACCUCGCCUAUAGCUUAUAGAGAUUGUCUAAAGAAGGAAAAAGUUACCAUAUACAGAGUGCUUGAAAAGAAAAGUGUCACAUGCUGUUACAGGAAGUGCUAUUGAUCAGAACUAGGAAAAAAGUUCCCAUAAUUAUAUGCUCAUAAACCAACACCUGUUGUGAUAUGGGCCAGUCUCUCCUCUCACUCCCAUCUGUCUGUUACACAGAAGCAGAUGCUGUGGCCAUCAGCAUGUGGCUACUAUGCAUCCUGUCACAUCCUUCAGCACUUAUUCGCAAUGAAUCAUGCAAUAUUUAAAAAACACUGGACUGGAUUUCUGACUACAGGCACAUUUAAAGGCAUCGCAGUAUGCUGAACCAUUCAACAAUAUGCGUGUGAUACAGGAGCAUGUGAUCAAGGCAUAUGACAAAAUCAUGAGUAUUUGAACAAGUGCAUGAAUUGUUGUAAGUAAUUACUGAAGGGUGUGUCAGACAGAUGGGAGUGAGACGACAUACUGGUCAGUAUCUCAACAGGCAUUGGUUUCUUGACAUAUCAUUAUGGGAACUUUUCUUCUAGUUUUGAUCAACACUACAUUAUGUUGAAAUAUGUUUCACUUUUUUAAUACCCUGUUUACAAGUGGACAAAACGAGUGAAACAAGCUGAAGUUAUUAUAAAAGCAAGUGUUUACUUUAGACAUGACUGAUUGUGAUUCAAAUCAACAGUUGCAGAAUAAUGUAACUCUAUUACUGGUGAAUAAGAGUAAUCUUGUUUCAGCAUCUGAUGUUACUGUAAGAUAUUAUUUUGGUCAAAAUUUAUGUCAGAUAUGUAUGUAUGAGUAUUACCCAACACAUCACUUCUAUCUUGGUCCUCAAUUCAUUGGUACCGUUUCGUGCUGGGUAGUGUUAAGGCUAGGUGACAAUGGAAACAGUAAUUCCAAGGAAGAUGGGAGGCGCUGUAUCCGCCACAUAGUGGAAAAGGAUUUACUGUACCACAGAAGAGGCGGCUAGGCACCGCUGUGUUGAAAUGUACGCUUAGAGCUGUGCUCGUCAACUUCCGAGACUUAAGAGACCACAACUACAUUGGAGCCAUAUUUCUGUCAAUCCUAUUCAAUGUCGAACGAAGAUCGAAUGACGUCAGAAGGAAGAAAAAGACACCCAGACUGAAAUGUAACUGCCUACACAGGAAGCAGAAACCCUACACAGCAACGUCUGAUGACGUCUAGUAUCAGACCGACGAGUUCCGCGACCAGAAAUGUUUGUUUCCAGUCAGAUCUCGGAGCCCAACAGCACAUAAUGAUGGUAGAUACUAUUCCAGCUCAUACACAGUUACUUAUUAACAGUCCUUUAUUAAUAAUACCAAUAAUUGGGUGAAAAUAUAGCCGAGUUACUAUAGCAUGAAUUGUUAUUUCCUUUAAAGUAAGAGCUGUAUAGGCAUUUCUCUCUAACAGAAAUAAGUUUCUAAAUCUUAUACUACUCUUAAAUAUUAAGAGAAGUAACAAUUAAUUUUCACUGAGUGUAAUAUCUGAUUUCUUCAAAAACAAUUAUUGUUGUCCUUGUACAUAUAAGAUGAAUCACAGUUAAUAGUGACACCUGACACUGUGAAAGUAUAUGACAAGAGAGACGAAUGCCUUCCAAUAAACACAGGUCUGUAAGAAGUUAUUUAGGAGAUUUCCCAAUGAUUUCGCCUGUGUGUAGGUUUGACACAUGUGUGGAACACAACUUCUCCUCCAGUCUCUGUGAGUGCCUCGUCCUCCCUUCGUUUGUCCAAUUCAUCUUACCACCUCUAUCUAUCUCUUUCUUCCCAUUCUCUCUGUUUCCUGAUCUCCUUCUCCCCCUCUGUCAAUUUCCUCCAUCUCCUCUCACUGACCAUAUACGUCUGCCCAUUCCUUUCCAUCUCUGCCUUCCUUUCCACAUGCCCACUGCCCUUCUGCUAGUACCAUCUGCCUACUGACCUUCUACCUGCAUCAUGCAUCUUUUCCUCCUCCUCUCUCUCGCCCUGUCCAUUUCCUCCUCCCCUCACUCUGCCCAUCCCCUCCUCUGCCCAUCUCUACUGGUCUCCAGCUAUGCUUAGCACAAUAAAGCUGGUCAGCACUACUAACACAACACGCUUGUCAUGCAGGCAUGGUUACACACCAGGUGCUUGAAAAUCGUUUAUUUGCUCCUGAGACACAGGCCACCAAGAAGAGCAACUCAAUAAAGCAGGCCAACACUACACGCCUGUCAUGCAGAGCAGUAUACAUGUUGGGGCCUGAAAAAGCAUUUCAUGUCACUUGCAAACCAUGUUAAUUUGGUAGGCCAAUACUCUUCCCACACAACAUGCUUGUCUUGCAGGGCAGCCUAUACCCCAGUCGCUGGAGAAACAGCUUUUACUCAUAUCUCCACCCCUAUUGGAACCAAAGAUUGUAAGCUCAUAGCACUGAUACUUGUGAGGCCUGCUGUUUCUGUGCCACAUUUUGAUGAAAUUGAUCCACAGGUUUGCGAGGAGGUACCGACAUAUAUAUAUAUCAUAUAUAUGUAUGUACCCUGAUUUAUACUCUUUAUAACAGAUUAUGACUGUGUGUUUAUGAGCUGCCAUUAACGUUGGUGUAAGAUGUUGUCCUAGUUAGCAGAAUUGUAUCUGAAACGUAAUUUUUCCGAUUAAGUAGCUGUUUAACUGGGCUCAAAAUUCACGUAUUUGCCUGCCUUUCCCUGUGCGACAUUGGGGAAUGUGGUACAUACAUGAUGGGGCACAGGCAUAUUUUGUUACUGUUAUAAGAUGGCAUCUAACAUGCAACCAGAGUCAGAGACGGAUGUAUCAAAUAAAACUUGUCCUUUGGUCUCCAAGGUCAUCUGACCUGAAUCUUUUGGAUUUUUCUGUAUGGGUUUUCUCAAAAGUGAAGUGUACAGAACUCCCACUGAUAGAGCUGUGGAACUGGAACAGCGAAUUUUACAAUGGUGUUAAGAGUUAUGAAACGAUCUGAGUAUGUUUUAAAGAUUUUUCUGCUCGCAACAGAGACGAGUGAAGUAUUGCUUCCAAAUGUGAGGACGACAUGUGGAAUACAUUUUUUAACAGGCACAAAUGAACAGUAAAUUGUGCCAAGUAGUGUUGUAUUCAUUGUUAAGGUAGCACUAGAGCGGAAAGUGCAGCCAAUUAGAUGGGGAUUUCAGCGAGAAAUUAAAUUUAUUAUAAGUUUGUACUAUUAGGACAAUAUUUCAAAGUGGCAGCUUGUAACAACACAUUCUCAAUGAACUUGCAAAACGGCUCAUUUACUCGAACUUUUUUGCUUCUGCGAAAAUUGUCGUAUACUUUCACCCAUGUCAGCUUUCGCUACUAAUUGUUGUUUCCUCUAUAUAAACUUUUGCACUCUGACUCCUUUGGCGCACCUUUCAGUUUGGCGCCUCAAGCAGCCACUUGUUUUGCUUGGCCCUUAAACCUGCCCUAAUCGGUCAUAUUAUUUGUUAAUUAAUUAGUUAGUUUCAUGUUCCAUGGAUUGUUUGCACGAUAAAUCAUAAUGAUGUAGAACAAGUCAUUUUACAUUGAAAUUGCAAAUUAAUUUGUAAAUAUGGCUACAUGCUGAAUAUUUAUAAUUUUUUUAGAUAUACUGAUGUGAGUUAGCAAUUCCUAUCCAAAACCUUUUGUACAUUACAAUAACACAAAUUAUUCUACGAAAUAGAAGGCGUUGUCGAGAGAAAACUUUUUCAGUUUGUUUUCAAUUUUUAUUUUGCUGUCUGAAAGACAUUCUAUAUCACUGGGUUAGCUAACAAAUAUUUUAGUUACAGCAUUGUGUACCAUUUAUGUGCUACAGACAACCUUCAGAAAUGUGGUAAUGAAUGCGUUUUACUUUCUGGUAUUGUAAUUAUAUACAUUAUUGUCCCUUUUGAACUACAGUGGAUUAUUUACAACAAACUUCAUGAGGGAGUAAACGUAUUGUGAAGCAGUAGUCAGAAUGCCCCACCCCUUAAACAGGUGUCUACAAGAUU